GAGGAACGCAGUCGACAACUUGCAGAGUGUGUGGUCAUGGCCGAACUUGCAUACGUCCAGGGCCAUAACCCCGCGGUAUACCGCAGUCACGAAAGUCGUGCAGCUGCCGACACCUGUGGCUAUUUUCUCAAGCACCUGAAGAGAGACAGUAAGAUCCUUGACGCCGGCUGUGGUCCUGGGUCUGUCACAUCCUCGUUGGCUGUGCUGCUAGAGGCGACAGGUGGCACAGUUCUCGGCGUUGACGCAUCAGAGACAGCGAUCGAAAGAGCUCGCGCCCAAUCUAACCUGCCAGCCAAUUGCUCCUUCGCCGUAGCCGACAUUCUCGCACUACCGUACCCAGAUGCCUCGUUCGACGCCGUUUACACUAGCCAGGUGCUCGCGCACAUCCCGUCCGCUGCAGCGGCUGUGAAGGAGCUUCGGCGCGUAUGCCGUCCAAAUGGCUUUGUGGCACUUCGCGAAGGCGAUUUCUACACAACAACAAUGUAUCCUAUUAUUCCGGAGCUGGAGAAAUGGAAGCAAGCAAGUCUGGAAAUUUUGGAGCGGAAGAAUUGUAAUCCACGCGCGGCAAUGCAGCUCGUAGAAUGGGCACUGCAAGCAGGCUUCGACGAACCGCGCAUUGAACUCAGCAUGGGCGGUAUAGUGUACUCAGGCAGUCAACGCAAGUUUUGGGGCGAAACGAUGAGCGGCAGGGUAAGCUCAGACGAGACUUGGCGGGCACAUGCUCGGAACGCUGGAGUCAAUCCAGAGGACUUUGAAGCAAUGCAAGUUGGGUGGGCUCGUUUCGUCGCCGACCCUUCAUCUGUUUUCACCAUGCCUUGUGGUCAGGCAAUAUGCUGGAAGGACUGAAUACGACCUCACAGACGACAAGGUGAUGAAGCACCUGCACAUGUUCGUCGCUAGUAUUGCACCGGCCGAGGAACGAGUUUAAUGGAUGUUGCCGGGUGAGAAUUCUGACAUAAAGCGCCUGC